AGCUCUUUUUCUUUUUCCUCUUUGAACUGUGCCACACUGAACCCUUGCCAAGAUGAUGGACAUGUCGGAAUUCGGGGAGGCUGCUCCCUACCUCCGAAAGAGCGAGAAGGAGCUGAUGAUGGCUCAGACCGUAGCCUUCGAUGGGAAGAAGAAAUGUUGGGUUCCUGAUGACAAGAAAGCUUAUGUUGAAGCUGAAAUUACAGAAACCAGUGGUGGAAAAGUGACUGUGCAGACAACAGAUGGAAGGACCAUGACUAUAAAAGAAGAUGAUGUGCAGUCAAUGAACCCUCCCAAAUUUGACAUGAUUGAGGACAUGGCUAUGCUGACCCAUUUGAACGAGGCGUCUGUUUUGUACAAUCUGAGAAAGCGCUACAGCAACUGGAUGAUCUAUACCUAUUCCGGUUUAUUCUGUGUGACUAUAAAUCCCUACAAGUGGUUGCCUGUCUACAAGUCGGAGGUGGUUGCUGCAUACAAAGGCAAGAGGCGCACAGAGGCUCCUCCCCACAUCUUCUCCAUUGCUGAUAACGCGUACCAUGACAUGCUGCGUAAUCGGGAGAAUCAGUCUAUGCUGAUCACCGGAGAAUCCGGUGCUGGCAAGACCGUCAACACAAAACGUGUCAUCCAGUACUUUGCCACAGUGGCAGCCCUGGGUGAACCUGGUAAAAAGAACCAACCAGCUACCAAAACUGGGGGAACCUUGGAGGAUCAAAUCAUUCAAGCAAACCCAGCCCUAGAAGCUUUUGGAAACGCCAAAACUCUGAGAAAUGACAACUCCUCACGUUUUGGUAAAUUUAUCCGAAUCCAUUUUGGAACCACAGGAAAGCUGUCAUCUGCUGAUAUUGAGAUCUAUUUAUUGGAGAAAUCUCGAGUGAUUUUCCAGCAACCUGGUGAAAGAGACUAUCACAUCUUCUACCAGAUCCUGUCAGGAAAGAAACCAGAGUUACUGGAUAUGCUACUGGUAUCUACCAACCCAUAUGACUACCACUUUUGCUCACAAGGAGUAGUUACAGUGGACAACUUGGAUGAUGGAGAAGAAUUGUUGGCAACAGAUCAAGCCAUGGAUAUUCUGGGAUUUGUGCCUGAUGAGAAGUCUGGUUCCUACAAGCUCACAGGUGCCAUCAUGCACUUUGGGAACAUGAAAUUCAAACAAAGACCCAGAGAAGAGCAGGCAGAGGCUGAUGGCACUGAAAGUGCUGAUAAAGCUGCCUACCUAAUGGGAAUCAACUCCUCUGAUUUGAUUAAGGGUUUGUUGCACCCUAGAGUGAAAGUUGGCAACGAGUAUGUGACCAAAGGUCAAAGUGUCGAACAGGUUUUGUAUGCUGUUGGAGCCUUAUCUAAGGCAGUGUACGAUCGAAUGUUCAAAUGGUUGGUGGUCCGUAUCAACAAGACCUUGGACACUAAGUUGCCAAGACAGUUCUUCAUUGGAGUGCUGGAUAUUGCUGGGUUUGAAAUCUUUGAUUUUAACAGCUUUGAGCAGCUCUGCAUCAAUUACACUAAUGAGAAACUGCAACAGUUUUUCAAUCAUCACAUGUUUGUCCUGGAGCAAGAAGAGUAUAAGAAGGAAGGCAUUGAAUGGGUAUUCAUUGAUUUUGGCAUGGACCUGCAGGCCUGCAUUGAUCUGAUUGAGAAGCCAUUGGGAAUCCUGUCUAUCCUUGAAGAGGAAUGCAUGUUCCCGAAAGCUACAGAUAUGACGUUCAAAGCCAAACUCUAUGACAACCAUCUUGGCAAGUCACCUAACUUACAGAAGCCCAGGCCUGAUAAGAAAAGGAAAUACGAAGCUCACUUUGAACUUGUUCAUUAUGCUGGUUCAGUUCCCUAUAACAUCAUUGGGUGGCUUGAGAAGAACAAAGACCCACUUAAUGAAACUGUAGUAGGUAUUUUCCAAAAAUCGUCUAACAAACUCCUGGCAAGCUUGUUUGAAAGCUAUGUUGGUGCUGACAGCGCUGACCAGGGUGGAGAAAAGAAACGCAAGAAAGGUGCUUCCUUCCAAACAGUGUCCUCAUUGCACAAGGAAAAUUUAAAUAAGCUGAUGACUAACCUAAAAUCUACAUCCCCUCACUUUGUACGAUGCAUUAUCCCCAAUGAAUCAAAAACUCCAGGUGAAAUGGAUGCUUUCCUUGUCUUGCAUCAGCUCCGCUGUAAUGGUGUCCUGGAAGGCAUCCGCAUUUGCCGUAAGGGUUUCCCAAACAGAGUGCUUUAUGCUGACUUUAAGCAAAGAUACCGCAUUCUGAAUCCAGGCGCGAUCCCAGAGGAUACAUUUGUGGAUAGCAGAAAAGCUGCUGAAAAACUGCUGGCAUCUUUAGAUGUUGACCAUAACCAAUAUCGUUUCGGACACACCAAGGUGUUCUUCAAGGCUGGUCUCUUGGGCCAUCUAGAAGAAAUGAGGGAUGAGAGACUUGCGAAAAUCUUGACGAUGAUCCAGGCGAGAGCACGUGGCAGACUGAUGCGUAUUGAGUAUCAGAAGAUAGUGGAGCGCAGGGAUGCCCUUCUUGUAAUUCAGUGGAACAUCCGCGCUUUUAUGGCUGUGAAGAACUGGCCCUGGAUGAAGCUUUUCUUUAAGAUCAAGCCUCUCCUGAAGACCGCAGAAACUGAAAAGGAGAUGGCCAAUAUGAAGGAAGAGUUCUUGAAGCUGAAGGAGGCCCUUGAAAAAUCAGAAGCCAGGAGGAAGGAACUUGAAGAAAAGCAAGUCUCUUUAGUUCAGGAAAAAAAUGAUUUGCUUCUCCAGCUCCAAGCUGAGCAAGACACUCUGGCAGAUGCUGAGGAGCGGUGCGACUUGUUGAUUAAAUCCAAGAUUCAGCUGGAGGCCAAAGUCAAAGAACUGACAGAGCGGGUUGAGGAUGAGGAAGAGAUGAAUUCUGAGCUGACGUCUAAGAAGAGAAAAUUGGAAGAUGAGUGCUCUGAGCUCAAGAAGGAUAUUGAUGAUCUUGAAAUAACACUUGCAAAAGUAGAGAAAGAGAAGCACGCUACUGAAAACAAGGUCAAAAAUCUGACAGAAGAAAUGGCGACUCUUGAUGAGAAUAUCAGCAAACUCACUAAGGAGAAAAAGUCCUUGCAGGAAGCUCAUCAGCAAGUUCUGGAUGACCUACAAGCAGAGGAGGACAAGGUCAACACACUGAGCAAAGCUAAAGUGAAACUGGAACAGCAAGUGGAUGAUCUUGAGGGCUCACUUGAACAAGAGAAGAAAGUGAGGAUGGAUCUAGAAAGGGCCAAACGCAAACUGGAAGGGGACUUGAAGCUGACCCAAGAGAGUGUCAUGGACUUGGAGAAUGAUAAGCUGCAGAUGGAAGAAAAGCUAAAAAAGAAAGAAUUUGAAAUGAGUCAACUGAAUUCCAAGAUAGAAGAUGAACAAGCUAUUGUGAUGCAGCUGCAGAAGAAGAUCAAGGAGCUUCAGGCUCGUAUAGAAGAACUAGAAGAGGAGCUGGAAGCAGAAAGAGCUGCUCGAGCCAAGGUGGAAAAGCAGAGAUCAGAUUUGGCCCGAGAGCUGGAAGAAUUAAGUGAGCGACUUGAGGAGGCUGGGGGAGCCACAGCUGCCCAUCUGGAGAUGAACAAGAAGCGUGAGGCAGAGUUCCUGAAGCUGCGACGGGACCUCGAGGAGGCCACGCUGCACUACGAAGCCACGGCUGCCACCCUGAGGAAGAAGCAUGCAGACAGCGUGGCUGAGAUGGGGGAGCAGCUGGACAACCUGCAGCGGGUCAAGCAGAAGCUGGAAAAGGAGAAAAGCGAGCUGAAGAUGGAAGUGGAUGAUCUGUCAUCCAACGUGGAGCAGAUGGUCAAGGGAAAAGCGAAUGCAGAGAAACUUUGUCGCACUUAUGAAGACCAUCUGAAUGAGACAAAAACAAAACUGGAGGAAAUGACUCGCCUCAUGAAUGACCUCACUACUCAGAAGACAAAACUCCAGAGUGAGAAUGGUGAAUUUAUAAGACAACUUGAAGAGAAGGAGUCACUGAUAAGUCAGCUGUCCCGGGGGAAAACAUCAUUUACACAGCAGAUUGAAGAACUUAAGAGACAGCUAGAAGAGGAAACCAAG